GGUACCGUCGUCCUGAGACUCCUCACUGAUGAGGAGUAUACUUAGUAGUAGAAUGCGAAAAUAAACAAAACUACAGCAAGUAGAUACAACAGAGUUAUUUGCCUUGACGUAGUGGUAGUUGCACUUGCAUCUUCUUCAUAUGGGUACGACGUGGUCGCUAUCAAAAAUGUUGCGCAGCAGCAAAUCAUCUCCACCGCUCCAGCUCCAGGGGACAAGUAGUCGAUCUUCCCUCAAAUUCGGAUUCCCAGUCCGCGUCUUCCAGCCGUUCCUGGACAGUUUGCCGCGAGUAUGCCUGCUGUGCUUUUUUUUCCGGCUUCCAGCAUCCGACUUCUCUGGUGGAACUUUCACAGCUACACCAAGAGGUACAUGUUGUACUGCUACAACAACGUUGUUCGUCCUCGGACGCCAACAACAGGACCACAAGAACAAAGCAUCACGAACUACACGAAGUAGCACUUCUAAAGCCUAUCGGGAGCUGCGUCAAAUCUCCAGAAGCGCCGGGAUAUUAAAUGUUGCUGAUUCAUCCGACAAGACCAAGAGUACGACCGAAAACCAAAACGCGUCCCCGGCCGUGCGGCAGAUGAGCAUCGGCGGUAAUCCUGUGCAGCUGCCUGGAGCUGCUCGUCCGAACGCCGCCGGUGAAGAAGAAGACGAAAGUUCGGAGGUGAAAAGGAGACUACCAGGGCUUUACAAUUACAACCAAAGCCACCCUCCUGACGGUGGAAAUCAUCAAAUUGAGCAAAAUGUUGAUGACGCCCUUGCUCCGGAAGUAGAACUGUCGCGGUCCUCACCUAGUACGGGAGGCACUACAAUGAUCACACAAGCAGGCGGUCCUUCCAGCGCCAGCGGAAACAAUAACGCUGCAAAUCUCAAUGACAAGAACGCGCAAGGAUCAUAUUCCACCACAUCAAGUACAGGCGGAGCAAUCGUGCAAAACUCGCCUGGUAUUGCAGCGCCUCGCAAUUUUCAGCAGGAACCGGAAGAACCGCAGCAACCGAAAGACCCCAGCGUCGUUGCCACCUCAGAGCACGAGCAACCUUCGCCGCUGCUUUCAUCCUCUAUGAACUCAAAUGAUGUUGGAGGCGCUGCUGGCGCUGCUCCACCUCCCCCAUACGACAUACGCAUUCGCAUUCCAAAAGUAUCGCACGAGUUAGCAUCAAUCGCAUAGACAAAUGAUUUUGUCAAGAAGAAAGUUGGAAGCUGUCAAGAACGUACAUGCAGAUCAUUCAGUAUCUGAAGCAAGAUUUGUCACGCGUCGUGAUUGCGAUUAGUAGGAGCGCGAUACUUUUUCUUUUGCAGUGGAUACGACACGCGCUACGGCUAUCUGUUCGACCCCCGGUACGAUAACAUGACCAUACAAGAGUGGAGAAAAAUUCAGAAGAACGACGAGGCGAAGAGGAUGGGCAUAGAGAAAAUGUUUACCGGCGACGAUUUGCGAAAAGGAAAGCGCGGACACGAAACUUCGCUGGCCUACGGGCUGCGGCACCCCCCAGACGUGACCCCGCAGGAGUGGCAGAGGUUCGACUACCUGCUGAACAACGUCACCGCGUUGAACGAAAAUCUCGCGGUUGUUUUCAAGCGGAUGCGCGAGCGGGCCGUUAUGCAGUGCAAAUGCUUAUGAAUAUGAAUGUCUGCUUCUGGAAACUUGUGAUGCUAAAAUGCGCAGCAUGGCCAUGGAUAUGGAAAGGAAACAGUUCCGAUGGCAGCCGAGCAUGACAGCUGCCACCCAGAACGCUUUCUCAUACGCAGCCCUCAUGAGAAACUGCGUUUUUGCUUGUUGACAAAGGAGGCUGCGACUUUUCUUGGUUAUGCAGCACGCAAAGUUCUUACAUUUACCAGUUCGCAUGCUCCAGCAUUUGCAUUACAAGUUCGAACGCUCUAGACCCAGACAUACACAUAAAACUUCAUAUUUGCAGUGCAUAGCCGUGACGGAUGAGCAAUUGGUGUUGAAACUGCACGUAUCAAAUGUAAAAAUGUCUGAGCAGUCUGGAAGAAUGCAUGUUUGUCAUGCUAAAUCUGGAUCAUGCAACAAUCUGUGUUGCAUGAGUACCAAAUAAAGCCGUGCAUUUUUGACCAAGGUGACAAGGAGUUUCUCAUGCAGGAUAGGCAUGAUAGAGAUCUCGCAGAAUCUGUCAUGCUAGGCCCUGCAUUCCAGACCUCAUGGGGCAUGGAAAAACUGCAUUACAAAUCGCGCAUUCUUCCAGACCCAGACACUUUUACAGUUGAUAGCACGCAAACGUCCUUCUAGAAGCGGAGAACUACGACGUGAUGGUCCUCUAUGGAACUGUCAGGAUUGAAAUUAACAAAGUUGAAAUAAUUUGUGUGUGAUGCAUAAAAUCUAUACCAGUUGGACCCACAGUUUCCAAUCGGCGCAUGACAAAUUUUCCUGGCCUCUGAAGCAAGUCUGUCAUGCUGUUUAGGGCAAGGAGGCUGCUCCCUGUCAUGCUAGUCAGCAGCCCACUUCUUGACCCUUUCCCUUGCCAGCACUAGAAUCUGCCUCCCUUGCGCCUUCAGCAAUAGAGUCAGUCUUUGUGUCGCAUUUUAUGCAUGACAAAUCAUUUCAACUUUGUCGAUUUCAACUCUGACACUCCCAUAUUCUCGUUCUGCUCUCCGUCACGUACCUGAUGCUGAUCCUGGGCACCUGCCUGCCGUGCAACAUCGUGUUCAGCCGGCCGCACCUGUUGCCGGAGAACUUUCCCAAGAAAGGCACGCUGUCCAACGUGACGCAGCGGCAGGACACGGUGGCCGGGCAGCUGUGGAGCGUGUCCCUAAUCCUGUUCGCGCUCGCCCUGCUUUUCACGGCCUACCCCUUGCACAUCUACCCGGCCUGGAUUCCCAUGACAGACAAGGACUACAACGGCCUCCUGCAGCCGCUGGUGAACUCCGCGCCCGAGAACUUCUGGCGCUCAGUGUGGUACGUGGUGCCCGCGGUGGGGUUCUUUCUGACCGGUGCGAUCCCCAGUUUGACGGAUAAAACCCAGCCCCGGUGGUUGUCCUCGUCCCGUUUUGCCACGUCAAGCCCGUCAGUCGUCCCGCGCCCAGACGGCACUUUGACGCACAUAGGUGGCCGCGGCGGAAAGAUGUCCGGCAGCAACAGGAGGCGCGGUGAGGGGGAGGCUGCUGGUGGAGGCCCUCCGGAUGGAGAUGUUGAUUCGCAGCUGGAUUCCCUUUUGCCAAGCAUAAGUAAAACUUCCCCAGGUCAUCUUCCGAACAAGAAUGUUGCCCUGAUUCCGGAGAUCGAGCAAGGCGGGGACAGUGACAACUACAGCAGUGGUGGCACUCCUGCUGCUGCUACCACACCCAGAAGCGCUUCUAGUCCGCGUAGUCAGUUGCUCAACAAGCAAAGUAGCAAGGCAAGGCUGGACGCGAAAAAUGAGGCGAAGAACAAGAUCAUUGCGAGCGUGGGAAACAAAUUCAGCAAGAGUGUCGUCGACAAACGCGGAGAGGACAGCCUCGCCCGCGCCACCUUGGACAUCUCGGCCUCGCCGGGGGAACUGCAGGCGGAGGAAGAUGCGCGGGCGAGAGCGAAGGCGGAGGCGCUCGUGGCCGCGAAGCAAGAAAUGAUGACGGUUGAAACGCUGAAGCCGAACAUCUGGGAGCCCGUGUCUUUUGUCGAAGUGAGUAACGACCUAAACGACGGGGAUCGCGGCCGCAGUACGGACCAACCGCAACAAGCGCAGCUGAGGCUUCAAGAACUUGACACCGAAGUGGACACGACGUUCUGGGGGUACAUGCAUGCUCUGCACGGGACUUCCGCCAUGCUCGCCAUGACGGCGUUGCUCUUUUUUGAGAAUUACCAACUUUUCUACGGCGAAUGCGUCUCCUUUUUUUCGGACGACGACGGGGACGCAGACGGGAGCAGUUUAAACUUCCAUUCAAACGAGGUAAAAUGCCCCGGCUACACCUGGUCGAUCAACGUCCUCCGGUCCGAGGGACGGGUCUGGCAGCCGAUCCGAGCAGUCAUUCUGCUACUCGCCUGGGCCGCCUUCGUUGUGUUCGCUUUCGGAACCCAGUUGCCGCUGCUACUCAUGUCGGACUUGCCCAUUGGUGUCGCGAAAAUUUCCUUCCUCGCGGAGGUGCUGCUGCUCUACCUCGUGCUUGCACUGCCCAUCAUCCAGGUCUUUUCGCAGGUUACGGCCAGUGGGCGCAGCGACGGCACGUCACUCAUGCGAUCCUUCAACUGGAUGACGCACGAAGAUUUUCACUGGAACCGACGGUGGGUAAACCACACCGACCAAGACAGCAUUUGGGCCGACACCUUUGCCGGGCCCGUAGACCCGAGUAACCCACUUGACCUGCCACCGGACAUCAACAAGUGGCAACCUCCGCAGCACGCACGGGAGGCGCUCGCACAAGCAGCACAGCUGCAGCUCCGCCCGUAAAAAUGAUUUCGGUUUAUGUUAAAAUGAGUGCAGAAGGCACGAGGGGCUAGGGGCUCUUCAUCUUGUUGUAUUUGUAGUCGCAUAUUAUAGUAUCCAAGAAGUUCAAGUCGAUGAUAUUAUGUAGGCCUUUCCGAUCAUGUGAAUUUUAUGUGAAUGUUUUUUGUUUUUCUUGUUCGAAGUUACCAUGUUUGUUUUAUUCAAUCAUUGUUUUACUUAUGGCAGGACAACCACAUGUGUUAUGUUUGAAAUUUCGAUCGGUCGUGGUGAUUGACACCAAGCUUUUUUCAACCAUAAAAUGUAUACUCUAUUUCUUGGCGUUGGAGGAUUCUUAAUCUGAACCUGAAGAUUUUGAUAUUUCUUUUUCAGUUUCAUUGCCGACCCAAUUCGAGUUGUGUGUUGGAUGAGAAUAAGAAAGGAUGCGCCGAGAAU